AUGCGGUUAAUCAAAUACAAGGGAUUUCAAGUGCCACCGUCCGAACUCGAGGAUCUUCUCCUGCAGCACCCAUCAGUUGCAGAUGCUGCAGUGACGUCGAUAUACUCGGACGAACAGGCAACUGAGCUUCCCAUCGCAUACGUCACACUCACAGCACAAUAUAGCUCGGCCUCCCAGGCUCAAAAGCAAAAGGCCCUCGAUGAAAUUCGUGCCUGGUCCGACAGCCAGGUGGCAGGCUACAAGAAGAUCCGUGGUGGUGUUUGGGAACUGCAGAACCUGCCCAAGACGCCCAGCGGCAAGAUCCUUAGAAAGGACCUGCCAUGUCGCAGACAAGAAGAGAAGCCGGCGAGGUUGUGA